AUGACAUUGUUCGGAAACUUGAGGGAGGCUUUGAAGAAAGCAGCCAGCUUAAGGCGCAUGUUAGAACGAGAAUGCGCAGUUCGGGACGGUUCUGAAGACUUUGAACCUAGCGGCGGCCACAUUGAGUUUGUUGAUGUUAGCUUCGCCUACCCCGAGAAGGUGGUCCUAGAAAACUGCAAUUUGUCUUUCCAAUCUGGGAAAAUAACUGCAGUUGUGGGUCCAUCCGGGGUUGGGAAGUCGACCAUACUCAAGCUGAUAUUGAGAGCCUACGAUCCGCAGAUCGGCCUCGUCAAGAUUGAUGGGCAAGACAUCAGGAUAUUCCGUCUUCACUCAACUAUUCUGGAAAAUGUGAGAUAUGGAAGGCAAGGCGCUACAGACGAAGAGGUCCGCAAGGCUUGCAAGAAGGCCAACAUCCACGAUUGUAUCAUGAGUCGCGAGAAAGAGUACCAUGAAGUACUUAGCUGUGCAGGUAGUGGAUGGUCGGGCGGGGAGAGACAAAGAUUUGGGCUAGCUCGCUUGUUUGUCCAAAACCCCGAUAUUAUUAUUGUGGACGAGGGGACCAGUGCAAUCGAUACCGAGACUGAGACGCAAGUCAACAUGAACUUAAGAGAGUGGUUUCAAGGAAAGACAACAAUUCUCAUUGCGUACGUGCCUAUCUUUUUAAGGAGGUCACUUGGGUACUAA